AUGCCCGGUUACCGGGGGAGCGGCCAGGCCAGGCGCGGGGCUGCGUCCGAGGCGGCGGGGCGGCACAGGGUGACGAGGCUUCCCCCGGCCUCUGCGCGUCCGUCGCGAGGAUCCACCCAGGGAGCGCUCCGGGAGGGAGGGAGGAGCCGGCUCAGCGCCAGGCAGCGAGGGGCUCGGUUCGGACGCCCGGCGGCGGCGGCGGCGCCCAGCGCUGCCAGGUUACCCUCAGGGACGCUCCGCUCUGGCGCACCGCGCAGGCCGGCCUUGGCUCCCUUCUCGUCCCGCUUGGUGUCGUUUCUUGAGCUGCCAGCGGCUUUCCGGGAUCUCAGGCAGGGAAGGGCCUCCCCGGACCCGAGUGAGCACUUGGGCCCUGCCCCGGGGCGCCCGGCGAGCGGCUUUCUCCCCUGCGUCGAAGCCCACCUCCUGGCCUCUCCUGACGGGAAGAGGCCAUUGCCAGCGGUGGAUCCAGCAUGCGUCGGGAGAAUUGGGGCCAGUGAUGCUGCUUUGUUCCUUAAAAAAUCCGGUCUUGCCGAUGCCGUUCUUGGAAAAAUAUGGGAUUUGGCAGAUCCUGAGGGGAAAGGAUUCCUAGACAAGCAGGGCUUCUUCAUCGCAUUGCGGCUCGUGGCCUGCGCACAGAGUGGCCAUGAUGUCAGCCUGAGCAGCCUAAAUCUGGCUUUGCCACCUCCGAAAUUUCAUGACAGUCCAAGCCCCUUGCAGAUCUCUUCUUCAUCGGACGCUCACUGGGCAGUCAGGGUGGAAGAGAAAGCAAAGUUUGAUGGCAUUUUCGAAAGCCUUUUGCCUGUAAACGGUUUACUUUCGGGAGACAAAGUGAAGCCAGUGUUAAUGAACUCUAAACUACCUCUUGAUAUCCUUGGAAGGGUCUGGGAUCUCAGUGAUAUUGACAAAGACGGUCAUCUUGACAAAGACGAAUUUGCCGUGGCAAUGCACCUGGUGUAUCGCGCUCUCGAGAAGGAGCCUGUUCCCUCUGUGUUGCCCCCGCCUCUCGUCCCACCUUCCAAGCGAAAGAAGACGCCCGCCUUCCCUGGAGCAGUCCCUGUUCUUCCUGCUAGCCCUCCCCCCAAAGACAGCCUGCGCUCCACCCCCUCCCAUGGCAGCGUAAACAGCCUGAACAGCACGGGGAGCCUGUCGCCCAAACACAGCCUCAAGCAAGCGCCGGCCCCUGCCGCCUGGGUGGUGCCCGUGUCCGACAAGGCCCGCUAUGAUGACAUUUUCUUGAAAACAGACGUGGACCUGGAUGGGUUUGUGAGUGGUCUGGAAGUGAAGGACAUCUUCAUGCACUCUGGUCUUUCUCAGAAGCUCUUAGCACACAUAUGGGCCUUGGCCGACACAAGGCAGAUGGGGAAGCUCAGUAAAGACCAGUUUGCGCUCGCCAUGUUUCUCAUCCAGCAGAAGGUCAGUAAAGGCAUCGAUCCUCCACAGGUGUUGCUCCCAGAGAUGAUUCCUCCCUCAGAAAGGACCACUCCUGUACAGACUCUCUCAGGCUACUUGGCCUCUGUAGGACCUGAGAUCUCGAUGCUCGCAGAAAUGCGUCGUGACAGCUCAAGUUCCAUCGGAUCCGGGGAAUAUACUGGUGUGAAAGAGCUGGAUGACAUCAGCCAGGAGAUCGCACAGCUGCAGAGAGAGAAAUAUUCUCUAGAGCAGGACAUCCGAGAGAGGGAGGAAGCGAUCCGGCAGAAGACGACCGAAGUCCAGGAUUUGCAAAACGAUUUAGACCGAGAAACCAGCAGCUUGCAAGAACUGGAAGCUCAAAAGCAGGAUGCGCAGGAUCGCCUAGAUGAGAUGGACCAGCAGAAGACCAAGCUGAAGGAUAUGCUGAGUGAUGUGAGGCAGAAGUGCCAGGAAGAGACGCAGGUGAUUUCGUCAUUAAAAAUGCAGAUUCAGUCCCAAGAGUCAGAUCUAAAAUCCCAGGAGGACGACAUCAGUAGAGCAAAAGUGGAACUGAAUCGGCUACAGCAGGAAGAGACGCAGCUAGAGCAAAGCAUCCAGGCUGGGAAAGUACAGCUGGAGACAAUCAUAAAAUCUCUGAAAUCAACUCAGGAAGAAAUCAGUCAGGCAAGAAGCAAGCUUUCUCGUUUGCAAGAGAGCCACCAGGAAGCCAGCAGAAGCAUUGAUCAGUAUAACGAAGCCCUGAAUGGUGUCCACGGUGGCAGCAUGACCAACCUGGCUGACUUGAAUGAGGGAAACCCACAAAAGGACAGGGGCAGCUUUGGAACCUUGGACGAUCCGUUCAAGAACAAGGCCCUGCUGUUCAGCAGUGAUGCACAGGAACUGCAUGCAGACCCCUUCCAGGCCGAAGACCCCUUCCGGUCAGACCCCUUCAAAGGCAGCGAUCCGUUCCAGAACGACCCUUUUGCAGAGCAGCCAUCCGCAGCAACUGAUCCUUUUGGAGGAGAUCCGUUUAAAGAAAGUGACCCAUUCCAGACUUCCGUGCCAGAGGAUUUCUUUAAGAAGCCUGAGAAAAGUGAUCCAUUUGUCUCUGACCCAUUCUCAAAAAAUCCCACGUUGUCCUCUAAUAAACCUCAUGGCUUCGAGAACUCCGAUCCAUUCAUGACGUCAGGUCUCCCUUUGAAAGGCCCAGAUCUUUUUGGGACGUUGGAUCCCUUUGGCAGUGGCGCUUUCAAUAGCACUGAAGGAUUUGCAGAUUUUAGCAGAAUGUCAAAGCCUCCAGUUCCAGAUCCAUUCAACUCCUCUGCUGGAGGGGGUGGCUUUUCAGAUGACCCCUUUAAGAGUAAGCCAGACACACCCGCUCUACCACCAAAGAAGAACAUGCCCCCAAGGCCCAAAUUACCAAGCGGUAAAAGUACUCCUGUAAGUCAACUUGGGUCUUCCGAUUUUGCCAAGCCCCCCGAUCCAUUCCAGCCGUUUGGGUUUGACAGCAGUGACCCGUUUCAGAGUAAAAAGGGGUUUGGGGACCUAUUUAGUGGAAAGGACCCGUUUGCUCCUUCCUCUUCAAGUAAACCUUCUAAAGACUCUUCCCUUGGGUUUGCUGACUUCAGCUCUCUUGGCAAUGAGGAGCAGCAGUUGGUGUGGGCCAAGCGCGAAAGUGAGAAGGCGGAGCAGGAGAGGCUGGCACGAUUGCAAAGGCAGGAGCAGGAGGACCUGGAGUUGGCCAUUGCACUCAGUAAGGCUGACAUGCCAACCUCGUAAGGCAAGGGUUUGCCCGCCUGAGCCCCAGCCAGGAUCCUUUAUAGGUUUUUGGUGGCUGGUUGGUUUGUUUCCUAGUGCUCUGAAGUAGGUCUCACCGCCUACUGGGACCGGCUGGUUAGAGCUGCUGUGUUUGGUGGGCGUGACUUCAGGGGCCCCCCCAUCCCCUGGGCAUCAUCUGAUGAGAACUGCGUGAUAGUCUUGAUCUCUUGCGAGGGAGAGAACUUGUGACUCCAGGACUGACCACUGAGCCUCCUGCGGCGGACAGACAGCUUGCCCCCUGCUCACGGACUCUUCCCCCCCGUCCCGUUGCCAUUUUUUUUUUUUUUUGCCAAGACUGCUGCAUAAACACCAUAAUGACAGAAACUGCCAUUCUUGGGUUAGAAGGACCAGCGAUGUUCACAGAGACCACUGAGCCGUCGUUCUUUUUUUUAGUCAGCAGUGCUGCUGCUCACACUCCCUGGGUGGGGGUGGGGUGGGGGGAUGUCAGUCCUUUCAACGUGUUUCUCGCUUAAGAAAGGAGCCCCCCUCGAACAGUUAGAGAAGUGCGGCCUGGUUCUUGCUGGACUGACCGCGGGUGGGGGGGGCUCACGUGAUCUGAUGUAGCCCCGCCUACCUCACAGGGUGUCUGUUGUGGGGAGAAGAAGGGAAGGAGAUUGUA